AGAAGAAAUAAGAGAAAGCAACGCUCUCCGCAUAUCCACACAGAUUAAGAACUCGAAGAAGUUCCAUUUCCGUUUCCCUAACUUAUCCUCUUCCAAUUCAUUUUCCCCAUUAGGUUUAGAAACUUUCUCUUCUUCUCCGGAUUUUGCUUCCGCAGAUUCUACGCCGGUUCAGAACUUCAUGCAUUGCUGCCACAAAAUUUAAGAAUUAGGGGUAUUGCUGAGAUGAACCAGGGGUAUAGCUGGAGUAACUAAGAAGAACGAAGAGAUGGCUGCAUUUAUUCAUGCAAAGAUCUGCCCUACGACUAUUUCAACAUUGGAUAGAAGCUUAAUAAGUGAAUAUGGUCGUAAACUACCAUCCAGGUCUCGAGUAGUGCUUCCAUAUCAAGAAGUUUGUAGACGUCAUUUGGUAUGGAAUGGCAUGUCAUUGGUUGUGUUUCUCACAUUUAACAAUGGAUUGACACCAUCUUCGGCCCAGGCCGAAGAAAUGCCAAAUAACAUGGAGGAAGAGGAUAAUGGAGUUAUCGGGACGAUCAAAUCAAUAUUUGAUCCAAAUGAAAAAACCAAAUCAGGGAAAAUAUUGCCAAAGGCUUACUUGAAGUCUGCAAGGGAGGUGGUGAAAACGCUGCGUGAGUCAUUGCAGGAAGACCCCAAGGAUGGUGCUAAAUUUAGACGAACUGCGGAUGCUGCAAAAGAAUCCAUUCGUGACUAUUUAAGCAAUUGGUUGGGGAAACAAACAGUUGUUCAAGAGGAAUCUUACGUUGUAUUAGAGAAAGCAAUUAGGUCGUUGGCAGGAUUUUAUGCAAAGGCUGGGCCAUCUGCGCCACUGCCAGAAGCGGUUAAAUCUGAUAUUCUGGAUGAUUUGGAUAAGGUUGAAGAAUCCUUGUAAAUGAAGAGCAUUUGAGGUGUAGAUGAAUUUUUUUGUCAACGAACUAUUUCACCUCUUAGAUUUUGAGGUAUUCAGCUGCUUUUGUUGCUAUUCUCCGCCAAAUUGAUCAUAAAAAGGAAUUUGGAUUGGAAUUAGCAUACAUAGCUGCUCUUGUUUCUCACUUCACUUGUAUAGUCGUAUAUCAGCUUUUUAGCGACAAUGAAAUGUAUCAAAUUUUGUUACAGAAGUACAAUUUUGCAUUGUCUAA